CACCCUAGCCUCGCACUAGCCCUGUGCCCAGCGCCCCGUGCCCCACGCUCUGCUACCGCGAACUAGCCUUGCUCCUGCACCUGCCCUGCGCCGAGCCCACCCCUAGCCCUGAUGCCUACGCCCUUGCUUGCUCCGCACGCGAGCCUUGCUCUGCACCAGAUCUCCUUGCUUUGCACCAGAUCUCCUGCACUCUGCACUAGAUCCCCUCUUCUCUGCAUCCCACUGACGGCAAUCAUGCCCCUGCAUGCCCAAGCCAUAGCCAGCCAUCAUACACCCCUACGCCCCUUGCUUGCUGUAGCCCGAUCCGCACCCCUCUGCGCCCCCUGCUGCUGCACCGAGCCUGGUCCCAAUCCCCACCUCUGCUGCACUGAGCCUACAGCCAUGCCCUUGCCUCACCUACCAAAAAAAAAAAAAAAAAGAGCAAUGACAGACAAAAUUGACAUCAUUGGUGAUUGACAAAGCAAGGCCCCCCUUUUUUUAUUUUAUUUUAUUUUUUAUCGUUAUUUUUAUCAUUUUGGGUGUAUAUAUAGAGCAAAAGGCAGAGGUGGGAUUUGGCUAGUUGAUUUUCGAAUUCUUUUUUGGGGAGCUGAGGGGGUUCUUUUGGUUGAGUUUCUUUGGAGGUCACGGUAGAAGGAGGAUGCACAUUUUUGGGUUUUUGCAUUAGGUAUGUUUCUGAAUUAGAGGAUUUUCGUUAGGAAAAUGGUGAAAGAGAUGGUGGAAGCUUGAUCCCGUGGGUGGGAUUCCUUCCACCAGAUCCAGAUCUGUUUUUCUUUCAAAAAUUCACCGUGUUUGUUUAAUUUUUCUGUGGGUGUUAGUUCUUCUUAGAUCUGAUGUUAAGAUUGUAUGUGUUUCAUUUGAAAAUGAAUGAAAAAUCAAAAAAAAAAAGUUAU